AUGACCGGUAGCACUAAUAUUGAAUCAUGGGACCAAUUGGAACCUAUAUUCGAAAAAGGGAUCCAAGAUUCCUUAACUACAAAGAGAAUUGUCAUUUUGAAAGCCAUCCAACAACUUUUGAAUGCCAUUCCCGAAUCAGAUUUGACCAAGAUCUCCCUUUUGCUAUUGAAAACAUACAACUAUUACCAUGAUGCCGAUUCUAGAAAUGAAUUAUUAAAAACUUUACAGGCUAUAGCCGAUGCCAAGCAUCACUAUUUGCUGGGUUUCAUCAAGUUCAUCAACCAUCAAGUGAGUGCAACCACUUUGGCAAUCACUGACUACUUGUCAUUAUUAUACUGGAUCAACACUUUUAACGUGGAUAUGAUGAAAUAUGGAUUAGAAAAGCAAGACGGUGAGUUGUUGGUGAGAACCCAAGCAAUUGUAUUGAAUAAAUGUAUUGAGUAUGAAGGAGUAAAGAAACACCAACACCGAAGGAGAGUCCAUGGUUCAGCCAUUCACACCACUAAAACUUCCAUCGUUGACGCAUUGACAAUUACUGAAGAUAAAGAAGCCUAUAUUGAGUUAAUUGUCAAAUCAAUUACCAAGAAUACCGCCGAUGAAGGGUUCUCUAUAUUAGGGGCAUUGAAUUUGGCUAUUAUUGAAUUAGUCCCAACUAUCCCUUCAUUAACCGAGAUAUUCGCCAGCAAGGAUAAAGAAAUCCUUGAAUACUACUCUAACCAAGGUUUAUUGAACAAAAUAGCUCCUUCAGUUGCAUCAUUGGAGUUAUUUGGAACAUGUAUUGAAUCUUUAGUUACGGUGGAAAACUUCACUAGCAUAUUAUUACCAAACAUCGAGAAGGCUGUUUUAAGAUCAUCGGAAAACUCAUUUGGUGUUGUUUUACCAGUCUUGUUUAAACAAUUCCCUAAGAUCGACAUAUCUGAACCAUUUGUUAGUUCCAAGUUGUUGACUUCGAUUAUUUCAGGGUUCAAAUCCACCAAGGAAAAUGUUAGAGAAGGGGCAUUCAAAGUAACAGAAUUGAUAUUACUAAACAACUUCACAGAUAGUUCCAUUGAAACCCUUGGUAAGUUUGUUGAUGAAAUUCUCAAAGCCUUGAAAUCUACUUCAAACGCUGAUUCAAAGGCACUUAUUGUAAAGACUUUAUCCUACUUGCCAUCAAAAGUAUCAGGUAAGAUCAUAAAGUCAUUAUUGCCACUUGUCCUGAAAGAUAUCAAUGAAACUUCCCUUAGCAGUCUUGUUAAAACCUUUAUUCAACACGCAUUCAAGGUUUUAGACGAUAAUGAUCUUUCUUCCCAAAUAACCAAGGAAUUAACUGCUGGUCUUAGCCAUGCCAAACAGCAACUUCGUCGUAUCUGGUUUAUUGAGUUUGGUGAACAAAUAUUUACAAACAACAAUGAAUCCGAAGUUAAGUUAUUGAACAAUUUAUUCCCUACACUUGUAAAGUCAUUAGAACCUGCACAACAAUCACCGCUCCCAACAUUAGCCAACAAGGGUAUAGUCUGUGCAUUUGUUACAAUUGCAGUUUCUAAAUACGUUGAAGUUGACGCUGGUAAGAUUUACAUCCCAUCAUUAAAAGCUCCUGGAUUAUUGACCAGUUCCAAGAUUUAUACAAAGCUAACUGAAGCAGCUGAAUUAUCAUGGUACUUGAGGGCAAUUGCUCAAGCAAGUGGGUCUAUCACAGAAUUGGAGGAACAAGAAAGGGUUGAUUACGGUUUGGCUUGGGUUUACAUGUUGUCUUCCAACAAUGUUAUGGCCAACAUACGAUUGACUGGAAACAAAUUAGUAAAGCAAGUCUUGGAAACUGUCCCCGAAUUAAGUGAUGCUAUAAUUAAAGCUUGUUAUAAAGUAUUGAAAGAUUUUGAAAUUGAACAACACAUGGAAGUUUUCAAUUUUGCAUUAAAGAAUUUUUCGGUUAUUUUUGCAUCAUUGACUCAAUUGAACAAUCAAGAACUAGUUCGUGAUAACAUUCAAAAGUUGGCUAUUAUUGCUAACCAUGCUCAAGCCACUGUUAACAAUGGAUGGAUUGGGUUAGCCCAAAGAAGUAACAUGAAACUUGAUCUUGGGGAUUUGAUUAAAGAAAAUCAUUCCCAAAUUCUUAAAGAAUGUGCUUUGGUUACUAGCGAUGCUCCGGCAUCAGGUAAAUUAUAUCAAGCUGCAAUAAAAGCAAUUGGAAAUAUUGCAUUCAUUCAACCUGCUAUUGUUUCUCCAAUUCUUUCUAAUAUAAUUAAGGAAAACUUGGAUGUUGAAAAAUUUUCUUCUAUUGAUAAUGAAACUUUGAAAAUUUACAAUGGUAAAGAAGGUGAACUCGUAAUUGACGUCCUCAAUAAAGAUACCAAGAAACAAGUUGAAGACAAGAAUUCCAAAGACUAUGAAAUCAAGAAAUGGGAAGAAAGUAUCAAAAAGGAAAUAGCUUCAAAGAAAGCACCAGCCAAGAAAUUAACCAAGGAAGAAAUUUUAUUAGUCAAUCAACAAAUAGCUGAGGAAUCCAAAGUGAGAAAUGAAGUCAAGGCAAUUGUUGGUGAUGCCCAUUAUGCAGUUAGUAUCAUUACCGAAUUGACAAAUUCUGCAAAGUUGGUGGAAAAUGGCGCAUCUUUAUGGUUCCCAGUCGCAGUUAUCAAAUUAUUAGAAUUCUGCAAAUUGGAAUUGGUGGUGGAAUUAUUCCACAGCUCUCCUGUUGAUGCUUAUUUGAAUUUGUCAAGUUUGAUUUCUUCUAGAUUGGCAUUGUUGAAACAAUUUGUUGGUGUUGCUACCCUUCGUUCGUAUUCUGUUCAAGGAUUAUCUGAAAAUUUGACCCAAGAACCGUUGUUGGCCUUGGUUGGAAGAAUAUUAUAUAGAAUUAAGAUCUUGGCUGAUCAAAAGCCAUUGGACUCAUUGUCUUUAUCUUAUAUCUUGCCAUUAUUAACUAAAGUGUUGCACGAUGGGAAAUCAGUUGCAAUCAAGAAUGCUUCUAAAACCGCAGUUACAUCUGAAUUUGUGGAGGAAGAUCCCGAAGAAGAACAAUUGUUGUUAGCCAUUGAGAUCAUAUCUGCCCAUGCUGAUUCAUUUGAAGAUGAAGGUAUUCCAAGAUCAAGCAUUUUAGAGGUUUUGAUUUCAUUGAUGAAGUUACCAUCUAAAGCUAAAUUGUCAAAAGAUUGUUUCUUGUCUUUAUGUCAACAUGUUUCCAUCAAUAUUUCCGAAUCUGAUUUACAAUUGCUUUUAAGUAAUAUUGUCACUCCAGAAGUGUUUGUAAGAUCCACUAUUUUGGAAGGAAUUGAUGCUGAAUUUGACUUACAAGGUGAAAUUGAAUAUUCUAAUGAAUUGUGGGUUGCAACACACGAUAACGAUCUGAAUUGUAAGGAGUUGGCUAAUACCAUUUGGGAAGAUAAUAACUUACAUAUCAUUCCUGAAACUCCAAAGAAGUUACUUGAAUUGUUUGGAAAUCAUGAUUCUGGUUUAAGAGUGUCUAUUGCAACUGCAUAUGUUGAUGCCGUCAAUCAAUUAAGACAACAAGAAGAAUCAGUUCUUGGGUCAUGUUUAGACGAUUUGAUUGAAUUAUAUCACGAAAAGAAGAACCCCCCUGCUCCAAAACUUGACAAAUUUGGACUUGUUAUUAAAUCAACUAUUGACCAAAGAGAUCGUUGGGAAGAAAGAUCCACCAUUGCCUUGGCAUUGAAAUUGCUUGCACCUGUUUUUGAUAAAGAAUGUAUUGAAAAAUUAUUCAACUUUUUGGUCCAUGAUCAAGCUUUAGGUGAUAAGGAAGGAUUAGUCCGUCAAGAAUUGCAAGAAGCUGGUAUUGAAACUAUCAAUUUACAUGGUUCAAAGUUUGUUGAAAGUUUAAUUCCGAUUUUUGAAGAAAAUUUGGCUGCCAAGAAUGAAAGAUCCAAGGUUCAAGAUUCGAUUAAGGAGUCAGUUAUCAUUUUGUAUGGUUCUUUAGCUAGACAUUUAGAAACGUCCGACCCAAGAUUGAAGAUUAUUGUUGAUAGAUUAAUUAAAACUCUUGAUACCCCAUCUGAAAAGGUUCAAUUUGCUGUUUCUGAAUGUAUUGCUCCAUUGGUGCCUUCAUUUGAAUCAAGAUUACAAGAAUUCUUUGAUUUGUUAACAGAAAAGUUAUUUACUGGAAAGUCGUUACCUAUUAGAAAAGGUGCAGCUUAUGGAAUUGCUGGUUUAGUUAAAGGAAGUGGUAUUAAAACCUUAUCGUCAUUUGACAUAAUUAGAGAAUUGACUGAUGCAGCUGAUGACAAGAAGAAUCCAACCAGAAGAGAAGGUGUAUCAAUUGCUUUUGAAUGUCUUUCUAGAAGUUUAGGAAAGUUCUUUGAACCAUAUGUUAUUGAAGUAUUACCAAUUAUUUUGAAAUCAUUGGGUGAUUCUGUUCCUGAAGUUAGAGAUUCUACUGAUCGUGCCGCUAAACAAAUUAUGAAAAACACCACUUCAUUUGGUGUUAAGAAAUUGAUUCCAUUGGCUAUUUCCAAUUUGGAUGAAAUUGCUUGGAGAUCCAAGAAGGGGUCAGUUGAAUUAUUGGGUUCUAUGGCUUAUUUGGAUCCUACUCAAUUGUCAGCUUCGUUAUCUACAAUCGUUCCUGAAAUUGUUGGUGUUCUUAAUGAUACUCAUAAAGAAGUUAGAAAAGCAGCAGAGCAAUCGUUAAAGAGGUUUGGUGAAGUUAUUCGUAAUCCUGAAAUCCAAGCUAUUGUUCCUGAUUUGAUUAAUGCAAUUGGUGAUCCAACUAAAUACACCGACGACGCCCUUGAUAAAUUGAUUAAAACUCAGUUUGUCCAUUAUAUUGAUGGUCCUUCAUUGGCACUUAUUAUUCACGUAAUUCACAGAGGUAUGAAGGAUAGAUCUGCCUCCACCAAGAAGAAAGCUUGUCAAAUCGUGGGUAACAUGGCUAUUUUGGUUGAUGCCAAGGAUUUACGUCCAUACUUGAAUGAAUUGGUUGGUGAAUUAGAAAUUGCCAUGGUUGAUCCUGUGCCUGCAACUAGAUCUACUGCAGCUAGAGCAUUAGGUUCAUUGGUUGAAAAGCUUGGAGAAGAACAGUUCCCUACCUUGAUUCCUAAUCUUUUGGCUACUUUACAAGAUGAAAGAAAGGCUGGUGAUAGACUUGGAUCUGCUCAAGCUUUGGCUGAAGUUAUUUGUGGUCUUGGUAUUAACAAGUUGGAAGAAUUGUUACCAAACAUUUUGGCUUCUGCUUCAUCUCCAAGAAGUCAUAUUCGUGCUGGAUUCAUGCCAUUAUUAUUGUUUUUACCUGUUUGUUUUGGUUCACAAUUUUCACCUUAUUUGAAUAAGAUUAUUCCUCCAAUUCUUAAUGGGUUAGCUGAUCAGGAUGAAGAAAUUAGAGAUACUGCUCUUCGUGCGGGUAGAUUAAUUGUUAAGAACUAUGCCAAGAAGGCUGUUGAUUUGUUGUUGCCAGAAUUAGAACUUGGUUUGUCUGAUCCUAACUAUAGAAUCCGUCUUUCUUCUGUGGAACUUACUGGAGAUUUAUUAUUUCAAAUUACUGGUAUUUCCGGUAAGAAUGAACUUAGUGAAGAUCAAUUUGAAGUGUCUGGAGAAGUCAACAAAACUCUUGUUGAGGUCUUGGGUCAAGAUCGUCGUGAUCGUGUCUUGGCUUCCUUGUUUGUUAGUCGUGCUGAUGUUGCAGGUAUUGUUCGUAAUGCCGCUGUUGAUAUUUGGAAGGCUUUGGUGGCCAAUACUCCAAGAACUGUCAAGGAAAUAUUACCUUCAUUAACUGCUAUUAUUGUUAGAAAAUUGGCUUCUGGUGAUGAUGUUGAAAGAACUAUUGCUGCUCAAUCAUUAGGUGAAAUGGUUCGUCGUGUUGGAUCGAAUGCAUUGGAACAAUUAUUACCUACUUUGGAAGAAUCGUUUGAUACCACUGACAAAUCUGCUAAACAAGGUAUCUGUAUUGCAUUAACUGAAUUGAUUAAAUCUACCCCAACUGAAGGUCUUUAUAACUAUCAAGAAACGUUUAUCUCCAUCAUUAAACAAGCACUUGUUGAUAGUGAUUCUGAAGUUAGAGAAGCAGCCGCUCAAGCAUUUGAAGGAUUACAAACAGAACUUGGUAAAGUGGUUAUCGAUGAAGUGUUGCCUGAUCUUCUUAAGAUGUUGGAAGGUGAUGAUUCUCAACAUGCAUUAUUGGCACUUAAAGAUAUUAUGGCUACCAAGGCAGAUGUUAUUUUCCCAAUUUUGAUUCCAACCUUAUUGGCUCCACCAAUGGAUGCAUUCAAGGCAUCCGCCAUUUCUUCAUUGGCAUCAGUUGCAGGUUCUGCGUUGUAUAGAAGAUUGUCUUUGAUUAUCAAUACUUUGGUUAAUGCUGUGGUUGAUUCCAACUCAGAACCCGAAGAAACUCAAAAGGAAAUUACCAAUGCAUUUGACAAGAUCUUGCUUGCCAUUGACGAUGAUGAAGGUGUUCACCCAUUGAUGCAACAAUUGAUGGCAUUGGUUAAACAUGAAGAUUCCAGAAAGAGAGCAGCCGUCUUCCAAAGAUUGGGCAAUUUCUUUACCCAUACCAACUUAGAUUACUCGGCAUAUUUGGAAGAUAUGGUUAGUCAAUUCAUUCUUUCCUUAGGUGAUCCUGCUUCCGAAGUAGUUGAAGGUGCAUUUGAGUCACUCAGUGCUCUUGUCAAGAGACAACCUAAGGAAUCUCUUGAACAUUUAGUUAAACCUGCUCGUCAAGCAUUAGACUUUACUGGUGUUAGAGGAGAAGAUUUGGCUGGGUUCAAAUUACCAAAGGGACCAAAUUGUAUCUUGCCUAUUUUCUUGCAUGGAUUAAUGUAUGGUAAUAGUGACCAAAAGGAAGCUUCUGCAUUUGCCAUUGCUGAUAUUAUUAACAAGACUCCUGAUGUUAACUUGAAACCAUUUGCUACUACCAUGACAGGUCCAUUAAUUCGUGUUAUUGGUGAAAAGGUUAAUAGUGAUAUUAAGGCUGCUAUUUUGGUUGCUUUGAACAGUUUGUUGUUGAAGAUUCCUCAAUUCUUGAGACCAUUUAUCCCUCAAUUACAAAGAACUUUUGUAAGAUCAUUAUCUGAUGCUAGUAAUGAAAAGUUAAGGGCCCGUGCUGUUGUUUCUUUAGGAUCAUUGAUUAAAUUCCAACCAAGAGUUGAUUCAUUGAUUACUGAGUUGGUCACUGGUGCUAAGAAUUCUAAUGAUAAGGGAGUCAAAGCUUCGAUGUUGAAAGGGAUGUUAGAGGUUGUUAACAAGGCAGGUAAGAGUUUAAGUGAAGAUUCUAAAACUUCUAUUAUGUCAUUAAUUGAAGAUGAAAUUACUGUUGUUGAUGAUAAGUCUGCCGUUUCAUAUGCAAGAUUGUUAGGGUCAUUAGCUGGUAUCCUUUCAAUUGACGAAGCAAGAAACAUUCUCAAAUCCAAGAUCUUGGAAAAGGUUGACAAUUCCAAUGAUAAAUUCUGUGUUUUGUCAAUUAAUUCAUUCUUGAAGUAUUCUCCUGAUCAUAUUUUCAAUACUGGAUUAUUAUCUGAAAUUGUCGAUUUUGUUCUUGCAUGUUCUGAUUCUACCAUUGAUUAUAUUAGUGAUAAUGCCACUGUUGCUAUUGGUAAAUUACUUUUAUUGCACAAGGAAAAUAAAUCGCCAUUCUCCAAGGAAGCCACCUCAAUUUAUGAAGUUGAUGAAGAAAGUCUUGAUAAGCUUGUUAGACAAUUGUGCGUUCUUGUUAUUCAACCAAAGUCUUCAUCUCCCGACACAAGAAGAUUAGCAUUGGUGGUAUUGAGGACGGUGGCAAGAUUGAAGUUUGAUGAAGUCCAUGACAAUUUAGAUUUGAUUGUUCCAAGUAUCUUUGCAUCUAUUCGUGAUCCAAUCAUUCCAAUCAAGUUGGCUGCUGAAAAGGCAUACCUUGCUGUAUUCCAAUUAGUUGAAGAUCAAGACAUGAAGUUAUUUAACCAAUGGUUUGAAGGAAAGAGUACAGUCACUACAGUUACUGGUACAUCAAUUGUUCCUAGAUCAAUUGGAGAUUAUACCAAGAGAGUUGCUAGUAGAUUGGCUGGGGUUGAACGUGAAAGAAUCGAAGCAGGUGGUGAUGCCGAAACUAUGUUUAGUGAUAGAUUUGAAGACGAGACUGAAGUAUGGGCUGUUGGUGGUACAGAAAUUGCAUCUACGUAA